AUGGUGCCAAAAUUAUCCCGUCAGCCCGGGAUUGUGACAAAUGGUAUCAAUCUCAUUGCCAUCCGGGACACUCCACAGGAGCGCGCCGAUCUCAACUCCUUCGUUCUUGACUGGGACCAGAGAAAGAAGCAAGGAAUCCGCUCAAGCGACUUUAAGCGAAUCACUUCCGAGAGUAUCAAGAUCAUUUUCGACCAGGAAGGAGAGAGGUACGAGAUUGAUGAGGCCGCAGAAGAAAGGUCCAUGCUCGGUAAAAAACACCGUAUCGGGCGGCAAAUGGCUUUUCGCACUCAGAUAGCGGAGGAUCUGGAAUGGGCCCUACUCGCUCGCCAGCGCCUAGCCUUCAUGGAAAGAACCAAAGUUGAUAACAAAGAGACAAACAAGGAGGAGGAUCUUAUGGAAUCUCCCAGUGCGGUUGCAAAGUACUACUUAUGCCCACACUACGUUGUUCCUGACCCGGAGUCUUCCUUCGACUACUCUGAGUUUACCGCCUCUGAUGAGCCGAUUUGGCACAGGCCAGGGCCCGCUGGUACAACUCGUCAUUUCCAGUCUCGGAUUAAGCUCAGAAUGGAGACCGGCGAUGCCGGCUGGUAUGAUGCUGAGCUUACAGAAGCAGAAUAUCAGGAGUAUCUCCGGGGCCGAGGACAACGCCUCCCAGGGAUAUGGAGAACGGGUCCAUGCAACAUUCACCCGCGAGGACUCAGGGAAGGGAAAUACGCCUGCUGUGGCCUAGGGAAGCUGAGCACUGGCUGCACUCUAGCCCCUGAGCAUAAAAAUGCUCAAACACUUCAGGAGUUGGAGAAAAAGUAUAAGCUCUUCGAGACUCCUUUCGAUUGCCCGCAACCCCGAGAAUGCGUUGUCCUCGACUGUGAGAUGGGUGUCGCCAGUACAGGCGAAUCAGAGCUUGUCCGAGUGACCGCGGUGGACUAUUUCAGUGGCCAAACCUUGAUAGAUGCCCUGGUUUUCCCCACAGCAAGGCUUCUUCACCCGAAUACAAGAUAUCCGGGUGUGACCUGGCAGAUGAUGCAUGAGGCUAAGCGAGCACGCCGGGCAAUUCUGGGGCGAGACGCUGCUAGACGUCGAUACCCAGGAUUGUGA